GCGCCCGACCCGAGGUCAGCGGGCAUGGGGGCGGGAUCGGGGGCCGUUCCGGCUCUGUACCCCACGCGGACCGAGAAGGGGAGGAGACCUGGCAGGGACCACGCCCUGCCCUGAACUGGCCCAGGACAGACCCGCGCUGGAGGGGGUGCAGGUGGCAUCGUGGGGGUAAUCGAGGCAUGCGGCUCUGGCUUCGCCCUGAGCCCGAGGGGGUCGCAGGGCUUCCUCGCCCCUCCAGUCCCCGCACAGAUGGGCGCCCUGGAGACGGUGACAGCCAACGCAGAAUCCUGUGUGUGACGCCCCGCCCCCUGCCCAACCGGAUUAGAGGGCUGUCCGCUGGGUAAAAGGCUUUCUGGGCAGGCCUCCUCUGCUCUUCCCGCCUGGGCCCUCAUCCCUGCUCAGGCCGGCCCUUUUAUUCCAGUCAGUGUCUAGGGGGUGUCCCUGUGAACCGCAAUGCCUUGAAUCCUAAGGAGGAAGCCAAGAAGCUCCUCUACUUGAGGACUUGCCGCUGGAGGCUGGGUGGGCAAGCCCUGGGCCAGCGCUUUGGCUCAGGGAAAUGGAUCCCAGGAGCCCAGAGUAUGCCUUCAGGUCCUUGGCGUUCACACAUAUCCGGAGACACCUGGGAACUGCCUCUGCCUGGGCCAAAGCUAUAUUCCAUUAAAACUUUUGCUGUGCCUACCUCAUUUCUAGUGACUUUAAAUAAUCAUGUGAGUUACAAGUUAGAGGAAGAUUUGAACAGACACCAAGGCCACUUGGUCCCUUUCCACAUGACUCCCUCUUGCUAGCAGGGAGACUUGGUAAACAGGCAGGUGUUCAGAGCGGGACCCUUUGAGGAAGGGCUGGAGGCUGGAUAACAGCACACCCCCAGCUUUGCUAUCCCUAGUUCCAGACUAGCUGGCUUCUUGGCCCAAGUCCCCACCUUUAAAACUGGACUUACUGUGCCUGGAACUAGUCCCAGGCCUCCCCAUCUCUCUAGGAUCACAGAUUUAUGCAUCUGCAUACAUCCCAAACACACUAUAUAUUCCUUCACAGUUUAGGAGGUCAUUGCUCCCACAGCCCACUUGGGAAACUGCCCUAGAAACCCAGUUGGUGGCCCAAGGCCCCUCUUUUACAACCCAGCUGUUCCAGAGCCAAAAAAACAGAAGCAACUUGCUGGGAGCCAGCAGGGAGAACAUAGGUCAUUUCGUAUUGUGUGCUACAUCCCCUAAUUCUCUAACAAGUUCCCUGAGAAAUACCCCUAAUUCUCUGCAAGCUGUUCCACCCACUCUCACCCCCAGGAGGGCAGGGGCAGGGGCUGGAUAAGGCUGUGUUUGCAUUUUCCUGUGGCUGGUGGCUCCCAGAUCAGUUCUGCCCCUGUGACCCAUCAAGAUACAUCAGGUGGAUCCCAGGGUCGGGGAACACAGCAUGAAUUCUAGGGAGAAAAGGACUAGACAAUGCUGGGUCAGGGUCGGGUGAAGACAAGGACACUGGCAGUGUGGGGCCUUGGGCCUUGUGUUGGGGGCACAAGACUUCUGUUAUGGACUCGGCUUUUGGAGGUCUCACAGAGAGGAGUCCAUGUGGACGAGGGGAGAUGUCUUCCCAGAGCCUGUUCUUCCCCUUCUAGCCUGUGCUUGGGUGCUGGGCUUCACCACCUCACCUUGCACUAGCUUCUUGCACCUUAGAUUCAAGGAGUGGCCAGUUGCUAGAAUGUAGAGGGAAGCCGGAUGCAGACGUCCACACGCAGGAGCAGGAAGCCCCUUACAGUGCCAGACGGAGAUAGAUGGGAAGAGAAGAGAGCUCGGGCAGGGUUGACUCUCCCCACAUGGCCUGUGUAGUAAGACUAAGAACAGUGGAAAUUCCAAACUGAAACCUGAUGCCCCAGAUCUUCAUGACUGUUUUUAUAAAGGAGGGAAACCAACUUUUUUUUUUUUUAAUCAGUUGCUUGCACUGAUUUAUAACUUUUCAGAAAGUAGACACAAGGUGUGGGCCUCCAUCAUGUCCUUCUCUGGCUCUCAAGUGUUAGGGGCAGGCCUGCCAACCUGUGUUUCAGGAGGCACAUCACAUCCGGGUGGACUAUAAGGAAGCCCGUCAGGAGGCUGCAGCUUCGUGGCCCGCGGCCAGUCCCGCGGGAGAUGGCCCCGGGCGCGCCCACACUGCUGCUGCUGUGGCUGCUGUGGUUCCCCGACUUCCCGGCCCGCGCCGCCGGCUGCCCGGCCGCUUGCCGCUGCUACAGCGUCACGGUGGAGUGCGGCGCCCUGCGGCUGCGCGUCGUCCCGCCCGGAAUUCCACCUGGGACGCAGACGCUGUUCCUGCAGGACAACAGCAUCGCGCGCCUGGAACCGGGCGUAUUGGCUCCUCUCGCAGCCCUGCGCCGGCUCUACGUGCACAAUAACAGCCUGCGCGCCCUGGAGCCAGGCGCCUUCCGCGCGCAGUCGCGCCUGCUGGAGCUAGCGCUCACCGGCAACCGGCUACGCGGCUUGCGAGUUGGCGCUUUCGCCGGCCUGGCCCAGCUCCGUGCACUCUACCUGGCGGGUAACCAGCUGGUGCAGCUGCUGGAUUUCACCUUCCUGCACCUACCGCGACUGCAGGAGCUGCACCUGCAGGAAAACAGCAUUGAGCUGCUGGAGGACCAGGCCCUGGCCGGGCUCUCCUCAUUGGCACUGCUGGACCUCAGCAGGAAUCAACUGGGCACCAUCAGCCGUGAGGCCCUACAGCCCCUGGCCAGCCUGCAGGUCCUGCGCCUCACAGAGAACCCAUGGCGCUGUGACUGUGCCCUGCAUUGGCUGGGAGCAUGGAUCAAGGAGGGCGGCCAGCGGCUGCUCAGCUCCAGGGACAGGAAGAUAAUGUGUGCAGAGCCCCCGCGCCUGGCACUUCAAAGUCUCCUGGACGUAUCUGGCAGUAGCCUCAUCUGCAUCCCGCCCUCUGUACACGUGGAGCCGCUGGAGGUGACAGCCAACUUAGGGGACGACCUGCGGGUUGCCUGCCAAGCUUCCGGCUACCCGCAGCCCCUGGUGACCUGGAGAAAGGUGGCCCAGCCUCGCGAAGGGCAGCCACGGGCUCAGGUCCAGCCAGACCGCGGGGCGCCGCGCCCAGGCGGGCCCGGCGCCUCUGACACGGGCAGCGGCAUGCUCUUCCUCACCAACAUCACCCUGGCCCACGCGGGCAAGUACGAGUGCGAGGCCUCCAACGCCGGCGGCGCCGCCCGCGUGCCCUUCCAGCUCCUGGUCAACCUGUCCCGGCAGCAGCAGCUGCAGCUGGCGCCCUCGCCGCCCCCGCACGCCGGCCCCGCCAGCCACGAGCCCCUGCAGGAGGCGGGCAGCAUGGCCUUCCGCGCCCUGGGCCUGGCCACGCAGACGGCCAUCGCAGCCGCCAUCGCGCUCCUCGCGCUCACGGCGCUGCUGCUGGCGACCAUGAUCUGCCGCCGGCGGCGCAAGCGGAAAAAGGCGCCGGGGCCGCCGGGGGAGGGCGCGCUGUUCGUCAACGACUACUCGGAUGGGCCCUGCACCUUCGCGCAGCUCGAGGAGCUCCGCGACGAGCGAGGCCACGAGAUGUUCGUCAUCGACCGCUCCAAGCCGCUCUUCGCGGAGGGCCCGACGGAGGCGGCCGACGGCGCGGCUACCGGGCCGGGGCAGGGCCUCCCGCUGCAGCCGCCCGCAGCCUAUGAAAUUCACUGCUGAGCGGGGCCUGGAGGGAGGGGCGGGCGCGUGCGGAUGACGUCCGCCUCGCGGACUGGCCGGCCCGCGGGCUCGCCCGCGCAUGCUCCAGCGCAGUCAGUAAAGGCUAGAAG